AAUAUUGGCAAUUUUUCUUGACAACAUUUUCGGGAACAACAUUUCAAUGAAUAUGGAAUAGAAGUGUAGAACUACCAAGUGUGUUAUGAAGAACUUUGAUGUACCGACUUGCCACACUUUUGGAGCUGAGAGUGCUGUCGCGGUUUUGUGUACUUAAAUGCAUUCGUAUCUCUCAAAGGAACAAAGGGAAAGUUAUCUGAGAGAGCUCUUCUACUCGUCUUUUAGCGACAGGAGAGCGAGUGUAGCUACAAGAAAUGAAGAAAUUCAGAGCCUUGGUAAACAUUUGAGGAAGCUUUACAAUCUUGUGGAGAAUGGUAAAGGACUUUCUUCAGAGGCAGAAAGCACUCUUAAGGAAGUCGUCAAGCUUCGUACGAAGGGCAGACCUGGUUUCUACGAAACAAAAAUGAUGACAGACUACAAGAGGCUUUUGCUCAUUCGCGGACAGCGAGAGGACAUGGAGAAUAAUAUUCAAGAACAGCAGUGUUUCCAGUGCAUUCACAAUAACAAGAAGCCCUUAGCUGUUUUACGUGAUGACGAUUGGUACUGGGGAACCAAACAGCAGUUGAGAUGUGGAGAGAUCAUUGCAGACACGCUCGGUGGCCUUGACCCAGUGUUCGGUGUUCUUUUGCAUCCUGCAGGAGGUAGGACAGAACUCGCAAACCCAAACAACAAACAUUAUCGAAUCACGGGGAAAGAGAAAGAAGAAAUAGAUGCUAUUCUGUAUCACACUGCAACUCAUGACGCCUGUGGCUACCUGAGCGAGUAUCACUAUGUGGGACCUGGAUAUAACUACCUCGGUACCAUGCUAACCGUCUUUCCGACAUGCAUUCCGCAGAGCGGAAGACUGGCUUCGCUUAUGUUCUGGAAGAAGUUGAUAAAUGAACCGGACACCCCGUUUGAGCGAGCUGAGGAAGCGCGACGAAAAUGGAAGAGGGGAUAGAGAGUAGAGGCUUCUUUUAAACUAAUUUUGCCGCACAUUAAUGAUGUUUGGAGACUCAGUGUUGACGCUAAAAUGAAACAAAUGAUCGUGGGGGAAAGGGGGAAAGGGAAGGGGGGAGGGAAGGGAGGGGCUAGACAAUAUUGUUAGUAGCACAGCCUCAUAAUGAAGGCAAAAGAAGUUGAAAAGAUUAUUUAUGAGAAAGAUUUUCAACGUUAAGGCUUAUUUUAGAGAAGAUAUCUUCUGAUCAGCUCAUGAUCUGACUGUCAGUCAAUGCUUAGAAUUUAAGCUUAGGAUAUAUAUCAAAUAGAUAUGAAAACGACUAUGAUUCUCAGGGAUCAAAUUGAUUGGUUGCUGAUUUAGUAUUAUGGAAUAAAAAGAAAGUGAAAUGAUUUAUUUUAA